AUGGACGAGCAUUGCGUCCCCCGAACCCAAAUCCCGGAGCGUCUCUACCGGGUCCAACAUGACAAAUCCUUCACAAAGGACGUAGAGACAGGCCUAGUUUCAUCUGACAUGAAAACCUUCACCGAGGACACAAACGAAUUUGCAAUUGCCGUUGAAUCCCACAUAAACGGGAUCAAGGAGGAAGACAGAAGCAUAUUCAUCUCGGCUUUCGCGAGCAAGGCCCAGGCCGAAGACUGGAUGUGUCGCAAAUGGCGCUCGUAUGGCGAAGGUGCUCAAAUCCUGGAGAUUGAAACUAGUCGUCUUGGCCAUGGAUAUGUGUACCGCGCUGGCGAAGUGGCUCACACUCUCGAGGUGGACGUCUCAGAGACGACCUACGAAGACCUUCACGAUGAGUAUUUGAUCCUGCACAUUGUUCCUGCUCGUGCUAUUAUCGCUCGGCGGGCUCGGAUGGUGACACACGGAUUGGAAAAUAAGGAUUCUGCAGGAAGCGAUAGCUCGAAUGCGACGAUGACAGCAAGUCAAUCAUCUGUAUCGACUGUCCGAUCCCCUGCGCAGCCGGGUUUACGAGGGCAAGCUGUAUUGUCUAAGUCAGUAAGUCGGCUCAAGGGUGAAUCUCAAUAUUUCUACUCUCCGCCUGGCUCAACUUGUUAA